AUGGUGCCGGGAGACCAGAGGCCCACCAAGGUGGCGCCCGUGGGCCCGCCCACAGUCAGUGUAUCCACGCCGGCCAGUAUUCCGACGCGCAACUCAAGUCUGUACGACCUCAAACUACUGCUGAACGACCCUCCUCCACCGCCUCCAUUGACCCCACAACUUACCACCUCUCUCCCCUCUACAAACGAUAAAAAGAGCUGGGACUUCACCAGCAUCGACUCCGAGGUCUCUGUGGAGAGCCCCGAGUUCGAAUACGCCACUCUGCGUGAGAGGCUGCGCGAUUACAUGUUUCUCAAUGCCAUUACUACAAGCCCCUCAUCUCCGAACCUGUCCACAGAUCUGAAUGGCAACAUGUCGAUCGACGCUCAGCUACUUAAUUGGACAAAGGCUAUCAACGAGUUCCAGCACACUUCGAGCUCUUCGGGCGACAACUACAGCGACGACAACAAACUCCUCUCGGCCGACGAGAAACUUGUACUACUGACUAGAUAUGUGACGGAGAUCGGGCCGUGGCUCGACAUGUUCGACCACCAAUGCUAUUUCACGUCGACGUUGUCGGUUAUGGCAGAGGACGAGUCGGUUUUGUACGCAAUUCUGACCAUCUCCAGUCGCCAGAGAGACAAACUACAGAACCACAAGCCGGGGUCCGAACUUACAUACGGACUUUACGAACGGUCGCUGGCGUCGCUGCUGCCAAAAGUGCGGCAGAUCCCGGAUGCCAGAGUGAUUGCGUCGUGCGUUAUCCUGUGCUGCUUUGAAAUGAUGGCGUCCGACCCGUCUGUUACCUGGAAAAAACACCUGCAAGGGUGUGCUGCUCUUUUCAGAGUUUCCGAGAUGCACGGGUUUUGUGGCAGGCUCCGCCAGGCUGUUUUCUGGUGCUUUGCGCGCAUGGACGUGAUGCACUCGAUCUCCGCCAAGACGUCGACUGUGAUACCGUGUGAAAGAUGGCUUCCACCGGGGUACUCGGUCAACAAGGCGAAAAACCUGUUUUUGCUCCCGCAGUCCAACCUCACAGCCGCACGUGACAUGUACGCGAACUACAUCGUUUUCCUGCUGGCUCGCGUGUGCGACACGGUGUACUCGACGGACAUCACGCCCGAGAGGUUCGAAUCCGAGUGGAUCCAGCUGUACACGGAGCUCGACCGGUGGUGGCAGGAACGGCCUGCAGAAAUGAAGCCAGUCGUGACUCAGUAUACGGAAAACUGUCCGUUCCCGAGCAUUUUGUUCUGCGUCACGCCUGCGAUUAGCGGUACGCAGAUGUUCCACACGGCGGUGAUUCUGCUGAUGAAGUUCAAGACCAGGGUGCUGCGGCCGCUACCGGUGAUCCAGACGGACCCGGUGAUGCGCAAGAGUCUGAUCUGGCACGCCAAGUGCGUAGUGGGGAUCAGUCUCGCCAACGGCCACCACGGCUGUUUGAACAACGCACUGCAGCCUAUCUGGGUUGCAGGCAAGUUCAUGAGUAGCAAGGAAGAGCAGCAGGUCAUUGUGGACCUUUUGCAGAAAAUAGAAGACACUACAGGCUGGUCCACCGGCUGGCGUAUCCAGGACUUACGGGAUCAUUGGAGUGAAUAG